AGCCAAAUUGGAGACAGCUGUUCAGAAAAAUCAUGACGCAGCCGCUCAAGUCUUAGAGAUUCCCAAAACGAGGACAGAUCACUGUGUUCUGUUUUAAACCCAAAGCUAAGUAUUGAACAGGGCGGAGCAUUUGACACCACCUCCCUACACUCCAGGAGUUGAUUAAAACAACACUGGACUUUGGAGCUGAAGUCCAUGCGUGCGCACACACUACCUGAGCGCCACCUUUUCUUACUUUGGCUCCCUCUUUCAUUCCAACACUCAUCAGUGAACAGCAGAGAUGGCAGAGCCCAGCGGAAUCUUGAUCAAAGGAGGAAAAGUUGUGAACGAGGACUGCUCCACGUUCAGCGACGUCUACAUCGAGGAUGGGAAAAUAAUAGCAGUUGGACAGAACCUUCAGAUCCGGGCUGGUGUGCGCGUCAUUGAUGCCACCGAUAAACUGGUGAUACCGGGUGGCAUCGACACGCACACACACAUGGAGCUGGCAUUCAUGGGCACCAAGGCUGUGGAUGACUUCUACAUCGGCACAAAGGCUGCUCUUGCAGGAGGGACCACGAUGAUCAUGGACUUUGUCAUCCCUCAAAGAGGCAAGUCUCUCCUUGAGGCCUAUGACUGCUGGCGUCAAACAGCUGAUGCCAAAGUUUGCUGCGACUACUCGCUGCACGUUGCCGUCACAUGGUGGAGUGACAAGGUCAAACAAGAGAUGCAGACACUGACAGAAGAGAAAGGAAUCAAUUCCUUUAAGAUGUUUAUGGCCUACAAAGACGUGUUCAUGCUGCAAGACUCUGAGCUGUAUGCUGCUUUCUCCAGGUGUAAAGAUAUUGGAGCUAUAGCUCAGGUGCAUGCUGAGAAUGGAGACCUGAUUGCAGAGGGAGCUAAGAAGAUGCUGUCUCUGGGUAUCACAGGGCCCGAGGGCCAUGAGUUGUGUCGUCCAGAGGAAGUGGAGGCGGAGGCCACCCAGCGAGCCAUCACCAUUGCCAACGCUGUCAACUGCCCGCUGUAUGUGGUCCAUGUCAUGAGCAAAUCUGCCGCAAAGGUGGUGUCUAAUGCACGCAGAGAUGGGCAUGUGGUGUUCGGGGAGCCCAUUGCAGCUGGUUUGGGUACAGACGGAACUCACUACUGGAACAAAGAGUGGGCCCAUGCUGCCGCCUUUGUCAUGGGUCCUCCUCUCAGGCCUGACCCCAGCACCCCAGGGUACCUCAUGGACCUACUGGCUAAUGAUGACCUCAGUGUGACCGGGACAGACAACUGCACCUUUUCCAUCUGCCAGAAGGCUCUGGGCAAAGACAACUUUACCAAGAUCCCCAAUGGAGUGAAUGGAGUAGAGGACAGGAUGUCUGUCAUCUGGGAGAAAGGAGUGCACAGCGGCAAAAUGGACGAGAAUCGAUUUGUAGCUGUCACUAGCAGCAAUGCAGCAAAAAUCUUCAACUUCUACCCACAGAAGGGCCGUAUUGCCAAGAAUUCGGAUGCUGAUGUGGUUAUAUGGGACCCCAAAAUGACAAGGAAGAUAUCAGCCAAGACCCACCACCAGGCCGUGGACUACAACAUCUUUGAGGGCAUGGAGUGCCAUGGUGUCCCUGUUGUCACCAUCUCCAGAGGAAAAGUGGUCUAUGAAAAUGGGCAGCUAAAGGUGUCACCAGGUCACGGAAGAUUCGUCCACAGGGAGGCCUUCUCUGAGUUUGUUUUCAAAAGAAUCAGGCAAAGAGAUCAGGUGGGGAAACCAACUGCUGUGGCCAGGAAACCCUAUGAAGGCGAAGUUAUUUCUAUAUGAACGGCUAACAGAUAUGAGUCAACAGUCUACAGUCUGUGUGCUUUCUCAGGGAGAAGUGCCAAGUGCUGAAACAUACUUCAGAGAACCAUGUAAACAUGUUGUGUCAUGUGAAUAUCUGAGUGCAGUGAAGGUUGUACUAGUGAUUGUCUUCAGGUCACCUCUGAUCCACAUUUAGGUCAAGACUGUGUUAUCAUAUCAUAACAUACAAUAUCUCUCUUGUUUGUUCAACUGUGUGAGAUUGCCAGGUCAGUUCCUCUUAAUACACAUAUCAGUUGAACCCACUGAAGUGCUGAAAAUGAUACUUGCUCUCAAUCAAAUAAUUCACUGUAAAGAAUAAAAACAGGUUUAUGAUUUCAUGUAAAAAGAAAUGGAAAUGGAAAAAAGGAUCAUAUUCCCUUUGAUAUUUUCAUAUGAUUUUAUAAAGGUCAUUAUAAAAUAAUAAAGUGAUAAAAAUA